GUGGUGACUUCUCCUUGCAUGCAUUCUCCAGGUGCUGGAUGAAUGUGGUCCCCACCAAAGCGAUCCGACGGUUCUGAAUCUCCAGCUGAGGGCCAUAUCCAAGCAGUCAAACCUUCAACCUAUGACAGUCACAAGCAUCGACAAUGCCGCAAAGAACCCGAAAAGGAUAACAAGCUGGAUCAGUAGCAUCAACGAUCUGCACAAGUCAAAGCCCCCUCCACAGGUCAAUUACAGUAAGGCUAUGCCUGACAUUGAGAAGCUCAUGCAGGAAUGGCCACCCGAAAUCGAGGAGCUGCUUGCGAGGAUUCAACUCCCAACAGCUGACCUGGAUGUCGAUCUGCAAACAUUUGUCAGAGUUCUGUGCACAAUUCUCGACAUACCAUUGUAUGACAACCUGGUUGAAUCGCUUCAUGUCAUGUUCACGUUGUACCUAGCGUUCAAGAACAACCCACACUUCGCUCAGCAAGCACAGUGGGACACCCGCAGCGUGGACCCCUCUGUCAAAGUAACCUUCACAUGAAGUCAUGCACCUCUCUUCAGCUACCCCACUUUGCACUGAUUGCUUAACUUCACCAGAGGAGGGACAGGAGAAGGUCGUCUUCAUAUCGCCACUGUGCUGAACCUUUCCGGAAUAUUAAUGCAGAUCACUUUCCCACCAUAAUGCGCUUAUUGCAGAUCACUUCGCGACAAUUUAUUUCAACAUAUUAAUCUUCCCUCCUUCUAGCCUUUCGUGGCUCUCAAUUUACAGAACCACACCCGACUACUAAUCUUUUCUCUUCCUCUUAGCUUUUUGUGGUUCAACCUAUUCAUAUGAUUACUGCAUCUGCGUGAAUGUGUCAAGGCGCUGUCCUUUAUCACUUUCCCAUAAGGCCUAGGUAACCCUUUCGACAGAGUCCAGCACAUCAGAGCCCCUUCAGCAAAACGAGAAGUCUAAAAUAUGCAGAGUUUCGUUUUCCUUUUCUGGGCACCAUUACUUGUCCCAUCAAUUUUGCUCCAAGACACGGCCAUUGGCGGGCCACAACCGUCGGGGCUUCGCCUACCACUCAAAUGAAUGACGGCGCCAGGC